AUGGCAGAUUAGUAACAGCACCAUCCAAACUAUUCAACAAAUCAAAAUGUCGGUGGUGGUCCAUCCAGGCUAUCCAAUUAGAGACCCUCAUUUAAAAAGAACCCCCAUACUGCUUCAGGUAAGAUCCUUAGGACUGAUUAAGAUACGAAAGUAAAUGAGCAGACUAGACAGCUCUUCCGUCUUGCUUAGGGUGAAAUCGAUGAACUUAAAGACUCUCUACGCUAUGCUGAAUAUGCUCUUGCUCGCACAAAGUAGGAAAAAGAGGUAUUAGAAAGACAAAUGGAAGAAGAACAUGAAGAAACAAUAAAAACAAAAGUAGAUUUAAAGAUGAAGGAAAAUGAAAGAGAUCUUAUGGCGAGACAGGCAGAUGCUUUAGCCAAACAAGCUGAACAUGCUUAAAUGACUUAGACUAAAGUUCAAAGUGAAGCUCAAAAGAAACUUUUCUAAUUGCAAAAUGAGAUUAAUUCAAGAGAGAAUGAGAUUAAUAAACUCAGUUUAAAUCUCAGAGAAAAGGAUGCUAGCCUAACUAAGUUAGUUGUAACAGAGAAAAUAAACAGAGUCGAGAAUAAAGAAUAUAGAGAUUUACUUUAAAGAAAGGAUCAAUCAAUUAAAUAAUUGCAAUUAGAAUUAGAGGAUGCGAAGAGAAAAUUGGAUGAAAUAGUUAUGACCAGAAAAUCAGAGGGAACUGCUUUAUUAGAAAUUCAUCAUUAUAAAGCUGAUAAUGAGAGGCUAAUAGCUAUGCUUAGUUAGACAAAAGAGUUUGAAAAUUUUGGGAAAUUAGCUUCAGAUUCAGUAAGUGACGGAGGAGUAGGAAUAAGAUAUAUGAACCCAAAUCCCUCAAAUAACUCUUAACCCAUUUGCCACUAUCCUAAAUAAAAGUCAAACCUAAAGGAUUUCUACACAGAUAAAAAUGAGUGUGAGGAUUGGAUUCCAGAUGAAGCCUUUAAACUUGCCCAUGAUUUUAGAAACAAAUGCGCAUCCAAUAUCUCUUAAUCACUAAUGAAUCAGUUACUAUAAGAUCUGAACAAGGUAUGGAGAUAGAGAGAGAAAAAGCAGAUCCAUAAGGUCUAGAAUCAAUCAAAUAAAGAGAUUGCUUAUCUGAGGAGGCAAAUAUCUUUCCGUCAACCAUAUGAUUAAGUAAUGGCUGAGAAUGAUAUUAAGAGAUUAAAAAAGGAAGUAAAAGACUAAAAUCAAGCCUUAAGAGAAAAUGUCGCAGUGAUAAAAGAGUCAAGUGAAGCACCAUUAUAAGGUCUAGUUCUCGUAGACUAAACGGUAAAGUAUACUAAUCAGAUCUAAUAAGAGAGAAGACAACUUCAAGAUGAAAACGAGAGACUAAAGAAAAGAAUCGAAGAUUUAGAGAGGUCUUAAAAAGAUGAGGAUAAUGAGAGAGAAAAAUUCUAUGAUGGGGCUGCUUGGUUAGGAAAGCAGGUAGUUGAGGAAUGCGAAAAAGGACUUUCAAAAGUAAGUCAAAGCCUGAGAAAAGAAUAUCAGAAAAAGAUAGAUGACUGUGGAAGAGAUGAUUUCCUUAAGAGCAGAGUUCAUGAUUGGUUGAUUGACAGUUCAGAAAGAGUAGUCAAGGAUGUAAGAGAUAAUAAUAGAAAUCUGCUCGAGAAUGCUCUGAGGAAUAAAAAUGUCGUUCAGAAACUUAAUGCCUAUACAAAACUUACUCAUUUGUAUAAUUCUAAUUAAUGA